CAUUAGAGAAGAAGCCCUAAUUUCAGAAGAGAUAAUAAUCAUUGCCUCUCUCAUUUUGCGUCUUCGGCGAUUUUUAGGUUUCUACUUGUCGCAUCCACCAAAGAGGAAAAAUGCCGGCGGGUCAUGGAGUUCGCGCUAGGACGAGGGAUCUGUUCGCGAGGGGGUUCAGGAAGAAGGGUACAAUCCCACUGUCGACUUACCUCAGGACCUUCAAGGUCGGCGAUUACGUGGAUGUCAAGGUGAACGGUGCGAUCCACAAGGGUAUGCCUCACAAGUUCUACCACGGUCGUACCGGUCGUGUCUGGAACGUCACCAAGCGAGCCGUCGGUGUCGAAGUCAACAAACAGAUUGGAAACAGGAUCAUUAGGAAGAGGCUUCAUGUGCGUGUGGAGCACGUGCAGCAAUCCAGGUGUGCAGAGGAGUUCAAGCUGAGGAUUAAGAAGAAUGAUGAGCUCAAGGCCGCAGCCAAAGCCAGAGGUGAGACAAUAAGCACCAAGAGACAGCCUAAAGGCCCCAAGCCAGGAUUCAUGGUUGAGGGUAUGACCUUGGAGACUGUCACCCCAAUCCCCUACGACGUCGUCAACGAUCUCAAGGGAGGCUAUUAGUUCUACUUUCUUCCCUCCCAGCGUUUUGGAGCUUUCUUUCAUAUGGUUUGUAGCGACUUAAUACUACUGGAAGAUGAUUUUAAACAGCAUGAGUUUUGUUAUUGAUACCAUUGUGUCUGCCAAUUUAAAAUUGUUCUUUCUCCAA